GCUCUGCUGGGGAAAACAACUUGUACAAAUCGGACGCCCAAGGUCGACGGCAGCCCCCGGUACCUCAAAUAUCAGGACGCCGAUUGUGUUUCUGCUGCGGACACAAACAACUCCCGACUGUUGGGGCGACAGCCAGCUGGAAGUUUGUGUUUCGGCUUCACGGGGAGCAUCGUUUGCCAGGUCAUCGGUUCCUGUUGAAAGGGACUAUCCUCUCCCCAUCCCCCUUACCCCCCCUCACCUCUGUCGGAGCAUGGCUCAGGAGACCAGUCACACGCAGGUGCCAAUGCUUUGCGCUUUUGGAUGCGGUUUCUAUGGUAACCCCCGCACCAACGGCAUGUGCUCGGUCUGCUACAAGGAACACCUGCAGAGACAACAGGGAGGGGGUCGAUCCAGCCCCCCGGGAGAGAAAGCUGCUACAUCCCCAGCAGGGUCGCCAGGGUCGGCCGGCGGCGUGACUGUGGAGAGUACGACCUCGGAGCCCAGUACAGAGGUGGCGGGAACCCCCCCCGAGGAGCAAACGGCCAGCCCCAGCUCCCCCAGCCCGGUGACUCAACAGAUGACGGCUAUGAGCAUCUCCCAGGAUUCGGCCGCCGUGGACUCUGAGCGAGCGGAGGCUGAGGAUGGAGAGGAAGAGGGUACUUCCAACAGCUCAGAACCCGUGGAGGAAGCAGCACAGGCUUUGUCUGAUAAUGACCAAACUCCAGAUAAAAACAAGAAAAAGAACCGCUGCUUUUCUUGCCGGAAGAAAGUGGGCCUUACUGAUUUUGACUGUCGCUGCGGGAACCUGUUCUGUGCCAUUCACCGUUACUCCGACAAACACGAGUGUCCCUACGACUACCGGAGUGCGGCCGCCGCCCGCAUACGCAAGGAGAACCCCAUCGUGGUGGCGGAGAAGAUUCAGAAGUUAUGAGGACUGAGUGCAAACAAACAAACAAAAAACAAAGUCACUUGACUUUGUGAAAUUGAACAAUGUUUGAUCUUUGAUGAAAACACCUGAUAUCAUGGCUUCAUUUGUUCCUGGUAGACUAAGCCGGGGGCGGUGCGGGGCGGGGGGGCAGCCACUGACCAGACGCUUCCCUUACGAGCAUCUCCCUCUCUCUCCACUAUUAACUGCGGCUGAACGUGUGUGUGUGUGUGUGUGUUUGUAUGAAAGUGGGUGUGUGCACAUUUACCUGAGAGCCGUGGAGUCGCCGUAGGGGCCUGGUGGACAUUCGGGUUGCUGUGGGGAGGGAAGGUAUUUGAUUUUAAGGCCCUUUUUUUUGUUUGUUUUCUCAACUUGGGGGAUCUGUGUCAUUAGUCAGGCGACUAAUGACACAGAGGUCAAUUAAGAAGGUCAAACAAGUUAAAAAAACUGGGAGAAUUUCUGGGAGAUUUUAACUAUCAACAAGACCUUUUAAGGUCUCUGGAAUAUACAUGUGUGAAUACAUACACAUAUAUAUACAUGUGUAUGUAUUUAAUCCCCCCCCCUCCCUCACUAGACUAAAAAUGAUGUCAACUAUUGUCAAAUUGGCAUACUUUCUUCCCCUUCCAUAUCCUCUGACGUUUUCUCCAUGGGUCUCCAUACGCUGAACUCCCAAGUCUCAGCAUUUUUGCAGAAGCGUUUCUCUUUGAUAUAUUUGACUUAUCAUUCUGAUAGUCGGUGCAUGGACAGUUGUUGGAGGGGGGGGGGGGACCGUGACUUAAAACAGUUUUAAUUCUGUUCCUUUUCUUUUUUUCUCCUGUUUUUAAAUGAGCGUAUGACAUCAGAAGAUCUAUAUUAAUAUAUUGUAGUUAGCUUGAAUUGUGUGAUUGCGUUCUAUUUAUUUUUUACCGUUUGGUUGGUCUGUGCCGGAGGAUUGGCGGCGUGUCGGCAAAUCAUUUAGAUUUGCACAUAACCUUUUUUUCAAUUAUAUUUAAGUAAUUCCAUCUUGAUUAUAUAACCAUUGAAUAAAAUAAAAACACUCGCAAGCUUCGGCAUGAUGGAGUAGAGUCCAGUUAACCAGUUACCAGUCACAAUUGUGCAGUAGGAAUGUCCAGCGAUUUGGAAAAAGAGCACAAGGCAUUGUGUCAACUGCAGAGCACAAAACCACGUGGCGCACCUGCUCAGUUCUGUCCAGCAUCCGGGUCGCGUGGCGGUCGUGUGGCGUUCAUAUUUGCGCAUAAGAACCUGAUCGAAGAGACGUUCCGUUUUUCGCGUGUUCUCCCCGAACGGCCUUUUUCGGUUUCCCACGAGCGGCGCUCCUCGUGUCUCUGACCGCCAGCGGUCCACUGACGCAUGCUGAAUGAAAACCGAGUCUCGGUGACUCUUCACACUGAAAUGAAGCUGGGAUAUAAUAAAAAGACAUAUUUUUAAAAAGCCACAGCAGUAGCACAAUGCGUGGCUGGAACCUUGAGGUCAAGUUAACGGGGCUCUACAGUUUUUUGUUUUUCUCCAGAUGUAAAUACCCUAUGGCUCCUAUUCAUAUAGUGUAAUCGUAAUGUAGAUUUUUGGCUGGUGAUUAAAGUGGGUGACUAAGGUGGAGAAUAUUAAUGUGUAUAAAAGGUGCUUUUCAUAAUUUCCCACCCCAAAAAAGGAAAUUGCAACAAAUGGCACUGAUCUUUUUUUGUAUUCAUCUUGUCACCCAUUUCAUUUCCACGUCAUUAAUCGCAUCAUCUGCUCUUGUAAUGUUCGAAGUAUAUUCAGUAUCAGAGGGGGGGAGGGGGUCCAUGUGGCUUCUUUUCUGCAAUAACUGCCCCGUACGCUUUAUUAACCUCGGCACAUGCUUUUAACCCCUUUUACUGAAGUCUAUUUAUGGCGCAGCGAUAAUAAGUUAAAAAGCCCCCCCCCCCCCUUUCGUGUGAGAUGCGGAGGGGCGUUUUGAAGGUUUUCGUCUUUUCAUUAUCAAAAGCUUUCUCUGUAAAUGAUGCGAGCUCUUCAUUAAGUAUUUAUGAAAGAGCUGUAGAUGAGUUUCAAGGAAUUCGCAGAUUGUGUAUUUAAAAAAGAAAAGCCAAUUCAGAAUGACUUCAACUUGUAUGCACAGAAUAUCAUGUUGGACCUGGUGGGGUUUAGUUCUGGCUCUAUUUUCUUUAUUGGGUCAUAAUUCCCGUUUCAGUCCGAGUGUGGGUGAUGGACGUAUGAAUGGCUUUGUGACUUGGCGUGCCAACACCCAGACUGUUUACCCAGGAUAAGUUGCUCUUCUAAAGCCCCCCCGACUCAUUUAAUUACCACUGAUGGAAACUUGAAUUUCAGAACGAGUUUAAAUAUUGUCAUAGUCGGGGGGGAAUGUGUGGUUGAAACUGUUGUUUGACAUUCCCUGAGGUGCAUAUAUAUAUAUUCAGAAUAUAUAUAUAUAUAUACACAUAUAUAUAUUCAGUAUAUAUAUAUAUAAUAUUGUCACCUACAAAAUGCUCAGUUUUACUUUACAGAUUGAAAGUCCUUUCAGAGUAAAAGUACUUUUCUUGGGAAGAUUGUUCAGCUUUGAAAAUUGUGAGUAUUUCACGGUUUACACUAGUUUUUUAGUGACUGUUCAUAUCGAACCCCCCACUCCUUAUUUUCUUAAUAAACGUGGGCAGUUUGAAUGUAAACCACCAUAAUUCAUAUAAUCCGCUGUAACGUCAUUUCUCAAACUACUCGGCCCUGAUAUUGUUCAUGUUUUUGGGUGUUGGCCCAAUAUUCUUACAAGUGAUUUCCGACGCCCUUCCCUCUGUUCUGUUGCUUCGAUAGAGUUUGGAUGUCUUCAAUCCCGUCUUUAGCUCAACCUUUCAUAAUCCAUGCCUUCAUCGUGCGAGGGUUUUGAUUGAUAAUAAUGAUAAACCUGUCAGUUGUGCCGAGUUGAAAUCCAGUUUCACUGCAGAAGAAGAGACAAAUGACGGUGACUUGAUUCAAUCUGUCUCUUCAAGAUGAGUUUGGCAGUCCAGUCCCCCAGAAACACCACCAGAUAUCUUUUUAUUUGGUUUUCUUUGAAGAUUUAGGAUUGUAUGAUGUGUAAGAGUAAGUACAAAACAAUAAAUUCACAAAGUUUAUUUUAAAUUACA